CAUUGGAUUCAAAUGCCACGCCCAACGUCAUAUGUAUAUAUACGGCAUAAUCACGUGAAUGGACCCUGUGCUGUUCUUGAGGGUCCAAGGCGCUACAAAACAAAGCAGCCUACUUCUUGCUCCGCAUAUGUCUCUGGCUCACUGGAUUGGGAUUUUAUUCACUGGGAAUGGCCAGUCACACGUGUUUACAGAAGAAACUUGUUCGUUGAUUAUGAUGUCUUGAUGAAUCUUCUGCUGUUUAGGGCAGCAUGGUUGAUUGACAGCAGUAGGAUAGCAACAAAGAUCAAGAGCGCAUCUCAACCUUGUGAUCCCCUGAGGAUCAAAUGGGAAAGUAAUCCGACAAGGGCUUGUCCAAACUGUAACCAUAUUAUUGACAACAGUGAUGUUACCCAGGACUGGCCGGGUUUACCAAGAGGUGUGAAAUUUGAUCCAUCUGAUCAAGAGCUGCUAGGGCACUUGGCUGCAAAGGUUGGUGUUGAUGGUGCUAAACUACACCCUUUCAUUGAUGAGUUCAUCAUGACUCUUUAUGAAGAGGAUGGAAUCUGUUACACUCAUCCUCAAAAAUUACCAGGUGUUAAGCAAGAUGGAAGUGUGUGCCAUUUCUUUCACAGAACUGUGAAGGCCUAUAACUCUGGGACACGUAAACGCCGAAAGAUACUGAAUCAUCUUAACCCAUGUAGUGGGGAUGUUCGUUGGCAUAAGACAGGCAAGACCAGACAAGUGAUAGUGGAUGGGGUACAUAGGGGGUGUAAAAAGAUCAUGGUUUUGUAUAUGAGCACUGGCAAGGGUGGGAAGCCCGAGAAAACGAACUGGGUGAUGCACCAAUACCAUCUUGGGACUGAGGACGAUGAGAAGGAUGGAGACUUUGUUGUAUCUAAAGUGUUGUACCAGCAACAAUUGAAACCAUGUGAAAAGAAUGAUCAAGAUAUGCCUGAGGAAACAGCACCAACCUCAGUUGACCCAGUUGACCCUGUCACCCCUGUGGCCAUGGUGCCUGGACCCUUUCGUCCCAGCAAGCAACAGCCAGAUAUAGAUUCACUUCAAGAGCCUAAAUCAGUAUGUGAGGAAUCUUCAGCUCAGGUGAUAGAUCCAGACACAACUGGAGAAAAUUGUGCAAGCUCACAGCCUCACUGGGAUGAAAAUGUUGAGGAUCAAGAGAUAAACUCUGUUGGAGACUCAAAAUGGUGGGAAGGGGAAUCACAGUUCUUAUUGGACUCUCAACAACUUUUGGAUGGCUUAUAUCUAUGUGAUGAGAUCCUUCAAGGCCAAUCACUACGUGAGGAUGACAGGUCCAAAAAGGUGGUUCCUUGCCUAUCAGAAUACACUAAUAUUGGUGCUGCCCAUCUUAAGAAGGAUCUUGAAAGUUGUCAAAAUUUGAGUCAAUCGGAACUUCCAAAGAUUGAAUUUGAUCAACCAGGAUUGCGAUUGAACCAGCUUGAUACACCCCUUGACUUUCACCUGAGCCAGCUUGACACACCACCGUCUGAUCUUCGACUAAGCCAGCUUGAUACGCCCCCGGAUUUUCGAUUAAGCCAACUUGAUUUACCGUCGGGUUCACAGGACAGUUUCCUAGGUUGGGCGAGCAAAGGAACAUAAUGCGCAUGUUGCUUAUGGCAGCGUUUUUGUAGUUUAUUGGCUUGUAACUUAUGUGCAAGUUUAUCAAUGGGCUGUAAUUCACACUGUAAUUUUGCCAAGGACUAAGUAAUCAAUCAUGAAUAUUAGCAGGAAUGUAAUACUCAAUGCUAUUUCUUGGACCCCUUGCUUUCUCACCAAGGGAAGUUCAUGCAAACUAUGCAUUUCACCAUGCAAAGACAUCUUGAAAUGAGCAAUUGAAUUACAUUCUAAAUU